ACGAAAUUGCAGAGGAUGGCGAGGUUUAUUUUAGGCGGGAGGGGCCGCAUUAUCGCCCAGGUUUCAAAGACAAGGGGGCUCUUUUGGCAGCCAUGUUCUCUCGGCAGACGUUACUCAACAAUACCCGAAAGCACAAAAGAAGAACUCACUCCUCUGUCAAAGCAUUUGCGAGAGCAAAUAAAGUUCGGUGGUCCAAUUUCGGUAGCACAGUACAUGCGCUCGGCGCUUACGCAUCCUCUCGGUGGAUACUAUAUGAAGGGUGAUGUAUUCGGAGCAGCUGGAGACUUCACCACAUCCCCAGAGAUCAGUCAAAUGUUUGGAGAGCUGGUUGCAGUCUGGUUCGUAACCCAGUGGCAAGCACUUGGUUCCCCGAAAAAUAUCCAGCUAGUUGAACUAGGCCCAGGACGUGGAACCUUGAUGUCGGAUAUGUUACGGGCACUCGGGCACUUUGACUAUGUCCACUCUACCAUUCGCGGUGUUCAUUUAGUCGAAGCCAGUCCGUUCUUACGAAGGGUGCAAGCUGAGAAACUUGCUUCGUUGCCCGACGUGACGGACAGUAUGGAGAGUGUGAAGCGCGAUGAUGGGUUGGAGAUUCAUUGGCACACUUCUCUGGAUACAGUGCCUGAAGGGACCUGUUCGAUGAUCAUCGCGCACGAGUUCUUUGAUGCUAUGCCCAUAUACAAGUUUGAGUUGACGGAAGAUGGCUGGAAGGAGAUUCAAGUAGCUGCGGAUGAAUCGACUGACAGUCCACACCAUUUUUGCUUUACACUAUCCCCGGGCCCAACAAACGCAUCCCUGACCAUCAUGGCACAUGAAAGGUUCCAGAAUUUCAAGGUGGGCGAUCGCGUCGAGGUGUCGCCAGAUUCUUACGCGGUAGCGAAUCAUGUCGCGCAGCGUAUAAAGAAGGAUGGUGGAUCUGCACUUUUUAUCGAUUAUGGACGAGACCAUGUGGUGGGGGACAGUCUGCGAGGUAUCCGCAAGCACAACUUUACCAAUGUUCUGAGUCGACCCGGUGAUUCUGAUCUCAGUGCUGACGUUGACUUUUCCUUUCUUCGAGAUGCGGCAAAGGAUCUUGCUGCCGCACAUGGACCCAUAACGCAGUCAACGUUCUUAAGAGCAAUGGGGAUUGGGCCAAGAAUGAAUAUGCUGCUCGCUAAUGCAGACGCUCCGCGACGAAAAGACAUUGCAACAGCCUUUGAUCGCCUCGUGUCUCCACUGGGAAUGGGAACAGUUUACAAGUUUAUGGCUCUCACACCCGAGGGCGCACCUGAACCCUAUCCCUUUCAACCUGAUCCGUUGAUGGUACCACAGAAAGAGGAGGAGCACUAGACGUACGGUUUGGUACUGAGGGACAGCCAGUCAUGUCAUACCCUUUACACACUGUACAUAAUCAUGAGAGGCACAUAUUCCAAUAGAGAAGAAAAGAAUCAUAAAUUAAGUAACAUUGAUUAUUGAG